AUGUCUGCUUCCAUUCUUUUCACUGCCGCCCUGCUCGGCGUGGCCCAGGCCUACACCGUCAUCAGCGCCCCCGGCCCCUUUAUGCUCAAGAACAUCGACCCCAUAGUCUUCCCUGGCCAGUAUGACAAGUCUCAUCUGCACUCCUUCUUCGGCUCCGACGCCGUCACGGUCAGCACGAAGACCAGCGCCGAACUUCAGAAGGGCUGCACCAACCUCGAGAACCCCAACGAUCUGUCCGUCUACUGGAUUCCCACGCCUCUCUUCACCAAGGAUGGCGGCAAGACGUACGAGCCCAUUCCUGUCGCCCGCUUCAGCGCCUACUACAACCUCGGCGAGGCGCCCGCGGAGGUGGCCAUCCCACAGAAUCUGAAAAUGGUCGCCGGCGACGCCCAGGCCAAGACCAAGGCCCAGGUGCCCGCCGACUCCAAGGCCGAGUGGUUCUGCGAGGGCGGCGGUGGCGGUGCCCUUGACGCCAACGGCUUCCCCAGCGCGACCUGCGGCACUCACCUCCAACAGCUCCUCUACUUCCCGAGCUGUGUCAACGAGGCGACUCUCGAGACGGCCUACAAGUCCCGCACUCACGGCACCCCGAACUGGUGCCCCAAGGGCAUGAAGUCAAUGCCCCAGCUUCGCUUCAGCAUCCGCUACAACCUCCGCAAGGUCCUCCCCAACGGCUGGUCCGGCGCCGCCGCCCCCUUCAAGCUCUCCUGCGGCCCCGCCUGGUGCUCCCACGGCGACUUCAUCAACGGCUGGACCGAGGACUCGGCCCGCGCCAUGGUCCCCACCACCUCCUCCAAGCGCGACUUCUUCGGCGUCAACGGCUCCCGCGGCGCCUACAAGGCCGGCGCCCAAUGCAAGGCCACCGACGCCGACCCAACACGCGGCACCAGCGACUACGCCAAGAGCGUGGUCGUCAUGGGCAAGCGCAGCGUCGAUUCGGCCGGCUGGCAGUCGCGGUCCCGCCUCGUGCGGUCCGAGUAA